AUGCUCGUCAAAUUGAGAGACACAAAACGCCAACAGUGGACGGUGGACGUGGAGCCUAGCGACACGGUAGAGACGCUGAAGACCAAAAACGCCGAGGGCAAGGAUUACGGCGUGGGCGACCAAAAGAUGAUUUACUCCGGCAAGAUUCUCGCCAACACCACCUCCAUCGAGUCGCUCAAUCUAAAGGAGGACGCCUUCAUUAUUUGCAUGAUUAGUAAGCCUAAGGUGAAGGCCGCCGCUGCUGCUCCUGCUGCUGCCGCGCCUGUUGCUGCUGCUCCUGCGGCCGCCGAGCCUGCUGUUGCCCCCGUCACUCCAGCAACAAGCCGGUCGGUGGCCACCCCCGGAGCCCCCACCAACAGUGGCAACGUUGUGGGCAACACAGAGACCCCCACGACCGGAGGCGCCGAUGCUUCUACCACCGGCGACAUUGGCGCUGAAUCUGGCCCCGCCGCGUCUGCUACCGCCGCCGUCACCACCGCCAUCAACAACAUGGUCGACAUGGGAUACCCCCGAGACCAGGUGGAGGCCGCGAUGCGGGCCGCCUACAACAACCCCGAGCGGGCCGUGGAGUACCUGCUCACGGGCAUUCCCGAUCACGUGAUUGGCGAGGAGGCCGACGACGACGUGCCCGAGUCCAACACGGACACGGACCUGUUUGCUGAGGCCGUGGCGCAGCAGGGCCAAGGGGCGUCUGUGGCGCCCAACACCUCUGCGCUCGACUUUUUGCGGGACAACCCGCAGUUCAUCGAGAUGCGGCGGAUGGUGCAGCAACAGCCUCAUCUUCUGGAGCCGUUGAUCCAGCAGCUGGCGGCGUCCAACCCCCAGCUGGCUGCUCUCAUCACCCAGAACUCGGAGGCAUUCCUGCACCUGCUAGGCGAGGGUCUGGAGGAGGGCUCUGGCGGCGUGCCCGAAGGUACCACCGAGAUCCAGGUGACUCCCGAGGAGAGCGACGCUAUCGAGCGUCUGGCUGCUCUGGGUUUUGAGCGAAACCUCGUCAUUCAGGCGUACUUUGCCUGCGACAAGAACGAGGAAGUGACCGCCAACUAUCUGUUGGAGCACGGUUAUGACGACGACGAGUAA